AUGGCCUCUCGUUUAGAAGUUAUUGAAUGGUGUCAAAAUCUAAAAAUUCUUGAAGAAAAACUUGAAAAAAAUCAAUCACAAAAUGGAAGAGAAAAUCUACUAAACAUGAUACUUAAUGAAGGAGAAUUUCUUAGAGAGGUUUUAAUCCUUAGCAUUAAUCCUCUAACAUUCUCAUUAACUACUGUACAAUUCCAUUUGAUUAAAGCAGCUUGCAUGGUUUUACGUAAAACGCGUUUAUGCUUGCAUCAAAUUGAAGAAUGUACCCCGAUAAAUGCUCAACCAGCGUUAUUCCACGCUUUUAUACAUUAUGGACAAGAUCUUAUUGGCGGGGAUCCACGUAAUGAUCCUGUAAUUUUAUUCCACCGAUGGACGAUAAGGUCAAAAUAUAAAAACAUUGAUUUCGGAUAUGAAUUUAAUAAAAGUGAAAAAUCAGUUAAAUUAUUGGAAAAUCUUUAUCAAACUUUAUCAAAAGAAUUUGAGGAUUCUGCUACGAAUCCGGAUUUUCCUAGUCCAACUUCUAUAUCGAUCAAUAACAUAUUUCGAUGUCAAUUAGCAUAUGAACUAGGGGAAUAUUAUUUUUCAUCUGAUAAAAGGAAAUCUAUUGAAUAUCUAUGUAAAUGUAGAUUUUCGGAUGACAAAUAUAUUGAAGAAUAUGAUUCAUUCUGUGAUAUAAAUGAAACACGAGUUGAAAAGUUAAUCAGAACUCAGUUGGAAGUUAUAACAGUACUUUCCCCAGAUGAACAAAUUAAUCACUUUAUACAAUAUGGACAAGACUAUGAGGGCGUUUUCUUGGUGCUUCUUAGAGCUCUUUUGGAGAAUAUAUCAUUAAGAAUUUCCAAGGAUUUUCGAAACAUUUUAGUUUCUAAUGCGUUCAAUAAAAAUCAAGAGAAAUCUGCUAUCAAGAUUUCCUUAUGUAAUGCUUUCGAUUUGCCACCAGAUUCAUCUUCAGAGGAGAUGAUUAAGUUGGUUCCAGAACAUUGUUUUCAUUAUCUAAAUUAUAAUUUUGAUGAGAGUAUAAUUGAAGAGGUUGCUAAGUUAAUCAAGACAUUAUAUGGUAAUUUCCCUGGUUCAAAGAUGAGUGAAAGUCAGAAAAACUUUGUUUCUAGCUUUUUCAAAAAGAUCGACAAUAGUAAAGUAUGGAGAAUUAUAAAAAAGAUUGAAGGUUUCGAAUUUAUACAAUAUCCACUUGAACAGUUCUUCGAUGAAAUCGCACAAUUUAAUCUUAAAUAUAAGAAUUAUAAGUCUGGAAAUUUAGAGUUAAAUGAUUAUACUUCUACUAAAAAUUUAGAUGAUGACCUCGAUUCUUUAUUAAAAGAGUUAAAUCUGGUGAGUCCGGAACGCCAAGAUGAUGUUGAUAUAUCUACCAAUCUAGGUCAAACAAUACAGGAACGUUGGUUGGAGAUCACGGACUCAAUAAAAAAAUUACAAGGAGAAGAUUUAUAUGCCGGAAAGAUUGAAGAGAUAGAAAACUUGUGCAUCGAUACGCUCGACAAAUAUGGCAUUAUGGAAUUUCAAAUUUUGUGA